CAGAACAGGUCAGAGCCUCGUUAGCUUUCACCCGUUCAAAGUCCGAGUGGACAUUUUCUGUUUUUUUUGUUCAUUUUUGGCAUUCACGACUUUUUCCCUUACUUCGCGUCAUUGCUGCACGAGAACGUGAAGCGUCAAAAUGAUUUCGAGCGUGUCAAAGAGUCUUCGUGGAUUACCGAAAAAUUUAAACAAAUUUGUCAAUCUGCAUUCGAGAUGCCUCGCCACACAAGCCGCGCCGAAAGCUCGUACCGAGAAAAAGUCGGCAACAAAGGAGUCUCACUCGUUCGUUACGAAUAUGUACCUCGGAGAGAUGGAAACGAGCCAAGUUUUUCCAUUCCCAGAACCUUUGACCGUCGAACAAAACGAAACCCUCCGCAUGCUCAUCGACCCGAUAGAAAAGUUCUUCGAGGAAGUAAAUGAUCCGGUUAAAAAUGACGACACAUCGUUGGUCGACGAUAAAACGCAGGCAGCGAUGUGGGAACUCGGGGCGUUUUCUCUCCAAGUGCCCGAGGAAUAUGGCGGCAUGGGAUUGAACAAUACUCAAUACGGGCGAUGCGUAGAAAUCGUUGGCAGUCACGACUUGGGAAUCGGCAUCGUUCUCGGCGCUCAUCAAAGUAUCGGCUUUAAGGGGAUACUAUUGUACGGCACACCGGAGCAGAAGGCGAAGUAUUUGCCAAAGGUUUCGAACGGGAGUUACGCGGCGUUCGCUCUGACCGAGCCGGGUUACGGUUCGGACGCGAUGUCGAUUAAAACCCGAGCGGUUAAAUCCGCGGACGGUUCGCACUACGUUCUAAAUGGCAACAAAAUUUGGAUCUCCAACGGUGGUUUGGCCGAGGUUUUUACCGUUUUUGCCAAAGUCCCAACGAAAGAUCCGGCCACCGGGGAGGUCACGGAAAAAUCGACGGCUUUCAUAGUCGAGAGAGCCUUCGGGGGCGUCACGAGCGGACCCCCUGAACGAAAAAUGGGCAUCAAGUGCAGCAACACCGCUGAGGUUUAUUUCGAGGAUGUUAAAGUCCCUGCGGAAAAUCGUUUGGGCGAGGAAGGACAAGGAUUCAAAGUCGCUAUGAAUAUUCUGAACAAUGGAAGAUUCGGAAUGGCCGCUGCACUCUCCGGGACCCAAAGAUAUUGCAUCAAACGUGCAAUCGAGCACGCAACGACUCGUGUACAGUUCGGCCAUACUCUCAAUAACUAUGGAAGCAUUCAAGAGAAAAUAGCGCGCAUGUCGAUGCUCCAUUACAUAACGGAAUCUCUGGCUUAUAUGAUCUCUGGAAACAUGGACAAAGGCAGCACCGAUUACGAGCUCGAAGCAGCUAUUUCGAAAUGUUUUGCAUCGGAAUCAGCGUGGUGGGUGUGCGACGAAACGAUACAAAUAUUUGGAGGAAUGGGAUUCAUGAAAGACACGGGCUUGGAAAGGAGGUUGCGAGAUCUUCGUAUUUUUCGAAUAUUCGAAGGGGCCAAUGACAUUUUGCGCCUCUUCAUCGCUCUCACCGGAAUCAAGCACGCCGGUGGACAUCUCAACGAGCUGCAAAAGGCCUUCAAAAACCCGGCCGCUAAUCUCGGGCUGAUCUUUGGAGAGGCAGCGAGAAGAGCGACCAGAGCCGUCGGACUCAACUCAACGCCCAAUAUUUCUCAUCUCGUGCAUCCCGAUCUAGUUGAGAGUGCCGCUCUGUGUUCGAAGAGUGUCGAAAGUUUCGGAAAAACCAUUGAAAACGCCCUCAUCAAAUAUGGACGUGGCAUUGUGAACGAGCAAUUUGUGCUCAACAGAAUAGCACAAUCUGCUUUUGAUAUAUACACAAUGAGCGUGAUAUUGAGCAGAGCGAGUAUGGCAGCGAGCAAAAAGCUUCCUUCUGCUCCCCACGAGAUCCUGAUGGCUCAAGCUUGGUGUACCGAGGCUUCGAGUCGUACCGCGUACAAUUUGAAGGUCGCUGGCUCCGAAAAGUACAUCGAUUUGUUCGGAAAGUUUGGAAAAAUCUCCCGGAAUGUUUGCGACGCCGGUGGUGCCGUACAAAUGAAUCCUUUGGGUUACUGAAACAACUUUACGAGCCGUUUUUUUCUACGAGUGUGAAUACGGUUUUCGAGUAUUUAAUGGAUCUUCCAUAUUUAUGUAUACCGAAACGAUUGCCCGGAAGAAAAUUAUCUAAUUGUGAAUAGACUGUUGACUUUAUUUUUGUGAAAAAAUUAGUGCUCAGAGAUAAAGUAACAAUAGUAAUUUUAUAAAAGUAGCAUAAGAUAUAAAUUUAAAUAAUGUGAAUACGUAGAAAAUGUUAUUAUCGUUAUCGCUAUCGACAUCAACGUCGCCAUCAUCCUCAUAAUUUCUCUACCAAUGCGCGAGAAUUAAAAAAAAACCUUGAAAUAUUCGAAAAUGUCUUACGUUCUUAAUGAAUAGGAAUGAAAAGAAACGAAUAUGAGGAAAUGCGAGUUUUCUUAGUGUACGAUACACACAAAGUGUCGCAGUUAAAGCCAUUUUGAUAUUUUCAAGGUAUGCAUGGGGAUUUGGAAAAUUUUUUUGGCUUUAUUUCUUAUUGAGCUGAAAAAGAAUAACCAUGUGAAAAAAAAAAAAAAAAUAUGGAACAGGAAGAUGAAGGAUCGGAAUAAAACAGCUGGGUAGGUUUUUAA